GUCGGCUGCGAGGGCAGGGUCAUCCUCGUCCCGAGACGGUGGGACGGGAGCGGCGUGGGGCAGGCGAAGGGGCGGCCGGCGGUCAGAUGACCGGCCCCCACGUCACCUCUCAGGAACGUCCGUGGACCUCCACGUUGUGUUUACACGGAGUGAGGUCCAAAAGGCCUAGCCCUGUGGAUGCACCUUAUCGCCCGUGCCUCUCUGCCUCCCGCCGGCUGUAUAUAAAGUGCACCACGGGCCGGCUCCCAGCAGGAGGGACACGGGAGGCAAGCAGGAGCCGUGGCGAGCAGGGCCGCCUCAUACCUGGUUUGACGGUGUCCGGCCGGAGGAGCUGGCCGUCAUCUCGCGUGCGUGCCGGUAGCGUUACGGGGGGACGCCAGGAGCGAGGGCCUCGCGGAAAGCAAGUGAGGGGGGCGAGACCUGCAGCACGGUGUGAGCCAACGCGCUCCCUUCUCCUUCCCUCUCUCUCCCCCCUGCAGUGUGGCGGCACGCCGGCUGGGCAGACCAUGCCUCUGAAGGCUGCGCUUCUCCUUGCCCUCCUGGCCACCUUACCAGUGUUGCGGGCCGAGCUGGCACGCAGCGGCUUCUGGGAGUACCUUGGCCAGCUGACGAGUGACAAGGAGAGCCCGGAGCACGGCCGGAGCAGCAAGCUGGGCAGGGACAUCGCAAACCUGAAGGAGAGUCUUCAGGAUGGGGUCAGCUACAUGGGAAACGUCCUGGGGAAGCUGGCGCCCCUCAACAGAGACCUCCAGCCCCGGCUCUACCAGGACUCAGACAGCCUGCGGAAGCUCAUCAGGAAAGAGCUGGAGAGCCUGCGGGUGAAACUGUCCCCGUACGUGGACGAAGUCCACCACAAGGUCGGCAAGCACCUGGAAGAUCUUCGCUACCGGCUGCAGCCGUUCACGGAGGAGCUCCUGGACCAGGUGUCCCUGAAAGCCCGGGAGCUCCGGCGGCACCUCAUGCCUGGCCAGGAGGCGACGGCUCAGCUCCUGGAGGGCGCGGACGAGGUCCAGAAGUUCAUGGCUCACUACGCCGACAAGAUCACGCUCCACACUGACCAGGUGAAGGACAUUUUCCAGCCCUACGCAGACAGGCUGGUGACCGAGAUCCACCGCAACGUGGAGGAGCUGCACAGGAACGUGGUCCCUCACACCCGGGCCAGCCCGGAACAGCUCAACCAGUACAUCCAGGAGCUCUCUGCAAAGCUGACCCGCAACGCGAGGGACCUCCACCAGCAGAUCCAGAGGAACCUGGAGCAGCUCAAGCUGAAGCUCAGCCUCUACCCCGGAGGCCUCCGGGAGCCGACAGCCCCUGCAGACCGCUACACGGAGGAGCUGGCCCGGGAGGUGCAGCGGCGGGUGGAGGAGUUCCGGAGGGACACGUACGUCCAGAUCCAGGCCUUCACCCAGGCCCUCGACCAGGAGACGGAGGAGAUGAGGCUGAAGCUCUCGUCUCGGCCCUCCCACCCGGGGGACCUGCAGGACGGGCCGCCCCCCGUGGAGGACCUGCACGCCCGCCUUGACGCCCUCUGGAGAGACCUGGCCCACAGCCUGAGCGAGCGGGGCGGCGAGGCCCGCUGACGGGCCGGGGCCGGGGGCAGGGGGCCGGGGCCGGGGCCGGGGGCAGGGGGCGGGGGCCGGGCCGCUC